CCAACUGGUCCUACUGGAUCAACUGGUCCCUCUGGACCAACUGGUCCUACUGGAGCAACUGGUCAAACUGGUCUAACAGGACAAACUGGUGCAACUGGACCAUCUGGCCCAACUGGACAAACAGGUUCUACUGGACCAACUGGUUCACCUGGUUCCACAGGAGCAACUGGUCCUACAGGUCUCACUGGUAUAACUGGUGCCACAGGACCCACUGGUCCUGCUGGUCCAACUGGAUCCACUGGCCCCACCGGACCUGAAGGAUCAACAGGAGCUACAGGUCCAACAGGUCAAACUGGAUCAACUGGUGCAACUGGACCCACUGGUCCAACAGGAGGAACUGGGGCCACUGGUCCCACUGGACCUUCCGGACCUACAGGAUCAACUGGCCCUACAGGACCUGAAGGAUCAACGGGAGCAACUGGUCCAACUGGUCAAACUGGAUCUACAGGAGCAACUGGACCUACUGGUCCUACUGGAGGAACUGGUGCUACUGGACCAACAGGUCCAAGUGGUAGUACUGGAGCAACUGGGCCUACAGGUCCCACAGGUUCAACUGGUCCAGUGUCUGAUGAUGUCAAUGAGUGUCUUGUUAACAAUGGUGGAUGUUCACAACUUUGUGUAAACACAUUCUUCUCUUACUAUUGUGACUGCAGCCCAGGAUACCAACUUGAAACAAUAAAUGAAGACAAUUGUGUCGCCGAUACUCAAUUCUGCAGCAAGGUAUAUAGAGCCCACGGAUUUGUUGACGCAUGUUUCUGUCAAUCCCGACUUUCGGAUGAUGUGAUACCAUUAAAUGGAACCAAUUGUUCAAACUAUGAUGAAUGCUCAUAUCAAAAUGGCCGCUGUCAGCAUUUCUGUAAUGAUACCGAGGGAAGCUAUGUCUGUACAUGCAGAGACGGUUUCGAACUCUCAGAAGAUGAACACGAAUGUACAGACAUCGAUGAAUGCGCCCGCAACACAGAUAACUGCGGGGCGGAUGAAACCUGCGUUAACACAAAUGGCAAUCAUAUAUGCAUUGCAUCAACAUUUGUUAGCAAUGGACUUGAUGCUGCUCCGCAAGGUCAAGUAGGUGCAGGAUUACCAGCCAACGUUGCUGUUCAAGUUAGCACUUUAAAUACAACAGUAAUAGGGGUUGUAGCCUGGGCCGUCAUCAUGACCAUAGCAUUAGCAUUAGUAGCAGUAAUUGUAUGGAGAAAGUUUAGAAAAACUGGUUCGCAGGCAAGUGAUGAAAGCACGAUUGGUUCACAAUCCGAACCAAGCGAAUCUGACAAUAGCUCCUUAAGUGGGUUUACAAUAGAUGGAUUCUCAGGUGAAGACAACCCAAAUUUUAGCCCUGAUGCAGCUGAUGCACCAGCUGCAUCACCAUCUGAUGUCCAUACAGUAUCUAAUGAAACUAACGCAGAUAUUGACAUUGUUGGUACCAGAAUGUGACAGUACAAGCCCACUACCUUGCAGUUUAAAGAAAAUAUAUAGAGCAUCCAGGUCUGAAGUUGAAGUGCAACUUGACCACCCGGAGUAUGUAAUCUCAAGGACGUUUCUUCAACAUUAAUACACACACAACGUCACUGGAACUAACACCCCGGGCUAUGUCUUGUUAAAGCAUAAUAAAAACACUGACAGUAAGCGUUAUCUCGAGGGCUGUGGGAUGAUUUCCCACUGUUUGUUGUUACUGAUUUGUUGUGUUAUAUUUAAUUCAAUAUAAUGCCCUGUUAAGUGUUUGAAUACGUAGGAUUGUUACAAGGGUUUCGAGAAUAGUUAAUGAUAUUUGAAUUUUUCAUGGUAUAACUUGUAAUGAGUGAUAUCACUGUUUGUUGAGUUUAACUUGUUGUUUAUCAUAAAUGUUACUGUAUAGGAUCACAUGGUGUACAUAUUCAGAUUAUUGUAUAUAAAAGCAUAUAUAGCUUGUCAUACUUCUCGUAACCCUUGUAUCGUUCCAGUGAGAGAACUUGUUAUGGUUGGACAAUGGAAGCACGUCACUAUUGUUAAGGGAUUGAUCGUUUUCGGUCUCAUUGAAAUAUUAAAUGUAUAAAUGUAUAAUAAAGUUCGGAAUGGUGCAAAGGAGUCUUGCCAAAUGGUAAAGUUUAACAUUUCCAACGAUUGGAUCCACAAAAUUUCCAUUCAAGGAGACCCCUUCUGUCAACAACAAUUUUUCAUGGUGCCAGUCUAGUCAUUUAGACCACUCAUACAUUUAGUGUGUUACUGCACCUCAUUGCAGGAGUCUUUAAGUUCAGGUACUCCUUUCAAAGUUUUCAUCAGUUUCAUUUGACAUCUUUUAGCAAUGAUUUGAAGGGGUCUCCGGGCGCAGACUCCUCCAUAGUAGUAUAACUAAUUAGUGUCUUCCAUCUGUAGUAUCAUCAUACCAUAUAUGGUUUGAUGAAACAUUCUUUAUCACUGCCAAAUAGAACAGCGGCCUUCAUGUAUAAUGCGUGUGACAAAUCUUUGAAUAGACUUGAUAUGAAAUGAGCCACUUCCAUCAAUGGAUUUCAUUAGACAGCAGGGUCUUUUGUCUCUUACACUCAUUAUAGACAUCUUAAAAUUGAUACUUCAAUGAUCACAAAUGGUAUUUUCCAGUAUUUUGCCCACUCAUAAAUCAGGAUGAGAACGGCAAUUUCAGAAGAUUUCAAACUUCUUUCAGGACAUUCUUCCACGAAAGGGAAUGAUCUUAAUCAAUAAUUGUAUCAUAUUGACUUUUUUCCAGAGAUUACCAAAUUGAGAUUAUUUAAGAAACUCAAACAACUAUCUGAUCAGAAAAAUCUGUCCAAAGUAAAGCUAUAUGGUGAUUGUAAAGUUUGUAAAAUAUUAAGAUUGUGAAUUCGUUUUAUAUAUAUAUUGAAUCUGCUGUAACACUGUGCAAAGAUGUAUUGUAUUUAUAUAUCUGUGAAAAUACUCCACUAUUGUCAUGAUUCUCUCAGUUCUGCUAUAUUUAUAUUCUCUUUCUGUCUAGAUAAUAUAUAUCAUAUGUAUACAUUAUAUUAGUAGCUUUUGCUUAACAUAUGAAAUUUCCAUCUAACUUAAGACUUACAUGUAUAAGGCGCCCUAAACUUAUUUUUCUAUAUAAAUUUUAAUAUCCAAAUAAAUCAUUGGGUAACUUGUAACCAUGGCAACUUGGUCAGGAAGUACUUAUGUGAUUUUAAUAAAGAAAUUUUAAAUUAAAAAAAUAAA